CACAGAUCCGCACCAGAGCCGGCUGUAAAGCCUCAAGUCUAUUGGGUCAGUCUAACACCCUACUGUUUGUCAUGGCAGCUAAGAAUACAACAGCCAUUUUGGCACGACUCCGAAGUGCAAUGAAAAAUCUUCCUGAGCCUGUUCAAGCCUACAUCAUUCCAUCUGGGGAUGCACAUCAGAGUGAAUACAUUGCUCCAUGUGACUGCAGAAGAAUGUACGUUUCUGGCUUUUCAGGAUCUUCAGGUACUGCUGUUGUCACAGAGACCAAGGCAGCAAUGUGGACAGAUGGCCGUUAUUUUUUACAAGCUGAAAGACAAAUGGACUCCAACUGGACAUUGAUGAAGAUGGGUUUGACUUCCACACCUACACAAGCCGAGUGGCUAGCCAAGGAGCUACCAUUGGGAGGCAAGGUUGGAGUUGAUCCCUACCUCAUGUCUAUGGAUGCCUGGAAGCCCAUGUGUAAACACCUGAAGAACAGUGGACGUGGUAUGGUGCCCAUCAACCAGAACCUGGUAGAUUUAGUAUGGGAUGAUCAACCUGAUCCACCUACAAACCCACUUUUGAUCCUUCAGGAAAGUUAUACAGGAAGGAAAUGGGAAGACAAAGUAAUAGCCAUUAGAGGGAAGAUGAGUCAGGAGAGGUGUGAAGCCUUAAUCGUAACAGCACUUGAUGAAGUAGCCUAUCUGUUUAACCUCAGAGGAUCAGAUAUUGAGUACAAUCCAGUAUUCUUUUCCUAUGCCGUCCUCACACAAGAAAGUGUCAAUCUGUUCAUCAGUGAGGAGAAGCUGGAUGGGUCUGUGAAACAACAUCUGCAGCUGAAUGGAUCGAGUGGUGUGAGUGACCUCAGGGUGACCAUUCAUGAUUAUAAAGACAUUGGAAAAUUUGUGUCUGGUCUACCGGAGAGAGUGGAGGGAAAAAUAUGGAUAAGCUCAAAAUCCAGUUAUGCUCUGUGCAGCUCAAUUCCAAAGGCCCUUAGGGUAAAUUUGCCCUCACCUAUUGCUCAGAUGAAAGCUGUGAAAAAUCCUGUGGAGCUCAAGGGAAUGAAGAGAGCACAUAUAAAAGAUGCUGUAACAUUGUGUGAAUUCUUCUCCUGGUUAGAACGAGAGAUCCCAAAAGGCAACAUCACUGAAGUAUCAGCUGCUGACAAACUGGAGGAAAUUAAAAGGAGCCAGGAAGACUAUGUCAGUUUGAGUUUCACUACCAUAUCUAGUACAGGGGAACAUGGAGCUGUCAUACACUACAAACCAGCAGCUGACACAGAUAGAACACUGACUACAGAGGAAAUGUAUCUCUGUGAUUCAGGGGCACAGUAUAAGGAUGGAACUACAGAUGUGACAAGAACUAUACACUUUGGCACACCCUCAGAUUUCCAAAAGGAAUCGUUCACCAGAGUAUUGAAGGGACAUAUAAACUUAGCUAAUGUUGUAUUUCCAAACGGUGUCAAAGGACACAGUCUGGACACACUUGCAAGAACCGCAUUGUGGGAAGCUGGUUUAGAUUAUAUGCAUGGUACAGGGCAUGGUGUAGGGGCGUUCCUGAACGUACAUGAAGGUCCUUGUGGUAUCAGCUCCCGAGUGUCGCUUACAGAUGUCGCUCUUGAGGAGGGAAUGAUCCUGUCUGAUGAGCCAGGUUACUAUGAAGAUGGACAGUUUGGUGUUAGAAUUGAAAAUUUAGUUACAGUCAAAAAAGCACAAACAAAGUAUAAUUUCAGAGAAAAGGGAUUCUUAACCUUUGAACCUUUGACCUUGGUACCUAUCCAGACUAAGAUGAUCUGUCCUUCCCUGCUGAGUGAACAAGAGGUGGAAUGGCUGAACACAUAUCACAGCAAGGUCCGGGACGAAGUGGGUAGUGAGCUUAGACGACAGGGUAAACAGACAGCACUCGACUGGAUGAUGAGGGAGACAGAACCUCUAGGCUGAGAUUCCUAAUGGUGAUGAGAACACUCUGCUCUUUACAGGUGACAGCAACAAAUCUGUGUGGAUCUCAAAGUGUUAAGCUUCAGCUGUGUUAAUGUUUGUGUGUCUUUAUUAUAGACAGAUAUGAACAGGGAUUUUGUACUGAUAUUAAUUUUGUUUACCUCCAGUCUCAUUGUGAAUCUGCUAUGGAAUAAGUGAAAAAAGUUUUAAUAUUUUUUUUUUCGAAGUUUGACUUAAACAUAUCAAAUGCAUAAUUUUUUUACUUUAGAUCGAAGUGUUUACUAAAGAUAUGAUCAUUUUCAGAUGUGUUAUUCUGAAUAUUUUUUCUAUGUUGUAUGAUUAUAAUAAAUCAAA